GAGAGAGCGCGCCACUCCAUCGGAGACUGGGUGCAUACUUAACACCCAAAGAGUCAGGACUGAGAUGAAAAGGACCCUGGAGACCCAAAAGAGUAUGCUCUGUGUGAGAGUCCUGCCUGAGAUCUGGAAACACCUGCUGUAACAGCUGCCUGGUGAUUCCUCCUUCAACCUUUUUGUGUGUGAAUCAGCUCCUUCAACAUGAGCUACAGCCUCUAUUUGGCCUUCCUGUGUCUGAGUCUCCUCACUCAGAGGACGUGCAUCCAGGGGAACCAGGUCAAUGUGGAGGUCAGCAGAAGUGACAAGCUUUCCUUACCUGGCUUUGAGAACCUCACUGCAGGAUAUAACAAAUUCCUCAGGCCCAAUUUCGGUGGUGACCCAGUUCGGAUAGCACUGACUCUGGACAUCGCCAGCAUCUCUAGCAUCUCAGAGAGUAACAUGGACUACACAGCCACUAUAUACCUCCGGCAGCGUUGGACAGACCCACGGCUAGUGUUCGAAGGCAACAAGAGCUUUACUCUAGAUGCCCGCCUUGUGGAGUUCCUCUGGGUGCCAGACACUUACAUUGUAGAGUCCAAGAAGUCCUUCCUCCAUGAAGUCACAGUGGGAAACAGGCUCAUCCGCCUCUUCUCCAACGGCACAGUCCUGUACGCACUUAGAAUCACAACAACAGUUACAUGUAACAUGGAUCUGUCUAAAUACCCCAUGGACACACAGACCUGCAAGCUGCAGCUAGAAAGUUGGGGAUACGAUGGCAAUGAUGUGGAGUUCUCCUGGCUGAGAGGGAAUGACUCGGUGCGUGGACUUGAAAACCUGCGCCUUGCUCAGUACACAAUCCAACAGUAUUUCACCCUGGUCACCGUAUCCCAGCAGGAGACAGGAAACUAUACGAGAUUGGUUUUGCAAUUUGAGCUUCGGAGGAACGUCCUGUAUUUCAUUCUGGAAACCUAUGUCCCUUCCACCUUCCUGGUGGUGUUAUCCUGGGUCUCCUUUUGGAUCUCCCUCGAUUCAGUUCCUGCGAGAACCUGCAUUGGAGUGACAACGGUGUUAUCCAUGACAACGCUGAUGAUCGGCUCCCGCACAUCCCUACCCAACACCAACUGCUUCAUAAAGGCCAUCGAUGUGUACCUAGGCAUCUGCUUCAGCUUCGUGUUUGGGGCCUUACUGGAGUAUGCAGUUGCUCACUACAGCUCCUUACAGCAGAUGGCAGUCAAAGAUAGGGGGCCAGCGAAGGACUCGGAAGAAGUCAAUAUCACCAACAUCAUCAACAGCUCCAUCUCCAGCUUUAAACGGAAGAUUAGCUUUGCCAGCAUUGAAAUCUCUGGUGACAAUGUCAACUAUAGUGACUUGACAAUGAAAGCCAGCGACAAGUUUAAGUUUGUCUUCCGAGAGAAGAUCAGCAGAAUCAUUGAUUAUUUCACAAUUCAAAACCCCAGCAAUGUGGAUCGAUACUCCAAACUACUAUUUCCUUUGAUUUUUAUGUUGGCCAAUGUAUUUUACUGGGCAUACUACAUGUAUUUUUGAGACGCCAUUGAACUCUUGCAUCACAUAAUGAGGUUAAGGGUAUUCUAGAACAUGUGUGUGCACUUCAGCUUAGAAAGCUACAAAUGGGCUAAUGUAACAAUUAUUCUAAGUUGUGUAGAAGCCCUAGUGUGACCAGAUUCUAUAAUAGAGUCAUUAUAAGGCAACCCUUUUCUUCUUCAAUUUUGGACAGAACACCCCCUCCACACACAUACACAGAACCCAAGACUGCGAACCUACUCAGGGCUAUUUGCUCUCUGGAUCCCUGGUCUGCAUUCACUCCAUAAAAAUGUGGGAAGAUGAUUACAUAUAUUAAGGGGUUUAUUUUCUAAAGAAUUCAUAGUGCCACUGAUUACAUCUCUGUGGCCCUUAUAAUAUGCUCUCUUGCCUAUUUAAACACCAGUGUUUUCUAAUUUUUGUUUUUCCUUGAAAUAUGAAAUGUGGGUUUGCGUCAAUUCAUUGGUGGUUACCUUGCCUCAUCAACCUAAUACCAGAUGGGUUCUUAGUGUUAUUUAAUACCACAGAAGAAUUGUCCCCAAAUUCUAAUACAUCCUAUUAUUCACAAAUCAGAUGUAAAUGAAUAAAAUUAGUGGAUCAAUAAACUAAAAGAAAAAAACAUAAAUCCUUUGGGGUCCAGGGCUUCAUGCCGUUUUUCCACGUAUCUUAUUAUUUUGUUUUUAUACACCUUAGUCCUAACCUAUGUAAAAACCCCUUUUCCACAUCAGGAAAACGGGAGGAAGUUUUGAAACUUGUUCUGGAUUCCUAAUACAGAAUGCGUCCAUGAAGACUUGCUGAGUCAAGUGUACUAGCUAGCCACCUUUACUCACAUACUGGCUAGGAACCAAGUAGACCAGAGAGUGCUCUGUCAACCUGUCCUCUCUGCUGACCUGUUGACCAAGAUGCUGGGGAACAUUUUGCCGGUGGCAAAGGCCCUGCCUCCUUCAAAGAGGAGCUUUUAUCCCUGUGCUCCAGUGACUAGGCAGGAGUGAUGUCUAUUAGAUAAGAAGCGGCACUACUGGGACACAAGUAGCUUAUCUUAAAUAGUUACCUUUUCCCAACCUUUCUAGCUGGACUACUUUGAGUGGAUUACCCUGCCUGAGCAGCAGACCACUGGCCCUGACUGGUUCCGACUGUUCUGAACGAUGGAAAGACACAUUGCACAACCCACGUGAGCUGUCUUUUCUGAGUUCAGCCAGGGUCACCCUGACCUAGGAGCUCUUGUGUGCCCUCUCUCUCUCUUGCUCCACGGGAAUCGCCUAUAUAAGGUUCCAAUGCAGCCUCAAUUGUUUCAAAGACUCUUGCUGUCUUCAGGUCUUUCCCUUCCUUUUCUAAUGAACCCUCAGCUUUCCCUGUCCUUUCUACAACAAACCGGGGCUGUAGAUGUUCUUUCCUUUCACGUCCUUCACCCACGGGCCCUCCUUUUCAUCAGCAUGGCUCUGCCCAUCGUUCCGUUUCUGUGAGCUUGAGUGCCUGGCGCUUAACAGAUGUUUCUAUUUUAGGAUUCGCUUUGUUCAUUGGAGUACAAUAGGUGUAGUUGCGCCAUUAGAGUUCUUAGUAGAAUCUCUUUGUAUUUUGUAUCUGUCAUAUACAUUCCUAAGGGGAGGGGCUAGGGGAGGGGAAGUGUGGUUGAGUGAGUAGGUCAUACCUGUGCAUUUUUUUUUAAAAAUAAAAAUGUUUAAAAUAUAACUUCACUGAGGCCUCAUUUUAAGCUACAGAAAAAUAAAAGUUGUAAAUAUGUGAAACUAUAAAAUAAAUAUAUAGU